AUGCUUGAAAAAUGGGUCAUUUUGUUGGUUUCGAUUGUACUCCUACUGGCAAACACCGGAGCCGAGACUCCAGAAGAUCGCUGUUUGGAGCCGGUCGAUCAGGGACCUUGUCAAACUUUUCAGAUGAAAUGGUUCUGGGAUGAGGCGGACGGUCAGUGCAAAGAAUUCCACUAUGGAGGGUGUCUGGGCACGAAAAACCGAUUUACCACAAAACAGGAGUGCCUGAAAAUGUGCCGCUACAAGCUGUUCAACCCGGUGGCCGUGCCCGAUUUAUGCCUACUCGAGGUGGACCACGGCCAUUGUCCCGACGACCGGAAGGGACAGUGGUGGUAUUGGUUCAACUCGGACUCUGGUGAAUGUGAGAAGUUCUUCUACCACGGCUGCGGCGGGAACGACAACAAAUUCUAUUCCCUGCACCUCUGCCAAAAAGUGUGCGCCCAGCGGUUGUCGCCCCAGAUUGCCUGUAAUGACUGUGACCUGCGCACGUCCUACUGUAAAAGCCACGGGAAAUACAACUACACGUGCGAGUGCCGCAUCGGAUACGACAAGAAUAUGCACGGGGAAUGUGUUGACAUCGACGAGUGCCGAGGGUACACGGCCACGUGCGACAAAAAUGCGUGGUGCACGAAUCGAAUUGGGGACUAUCAGUGCGAAUGCAUGGCGGCUUAUCGUGGUGACGGGAAAACGUGUACCUAUGUUGGGCUGGGUCGCUCGACACUGGACUGUGCUGAUUGCUCCACAAAUGCUACGUGUACUUCUGGAGUCUGCCAAUGCAAACAGGGAUUCAGAGGCGAUGGAUUUAAUUGCACAGACGUGAACGAAUGCCUUCGUGCCCCAUAUGUCUGCGACAAAAAUGCGGAAUGCCGGAAUACGGAGGGGAGUUAUGUGUGUGAAUGCCUGGAGGGGUGGGCGGGCAAUGGCUACAAUUGUACGAAGGAGAAAAAUUCGUGCCUGGAUAAAUUCGACCGCUCCUACGAGGACACGUGCGGCGCCGAGAGCUGGCGCCAACACUACUAUUUUGAUCACAAAUCAAAGAGAUGCGCUCUUUUCUGGUAUGACGGGUGCCCCGGGCGGUCGCGGAACAUUUUUUCGACGCUUCGCACUUGUGAGGGCAUGUGUGAGGAAACGUCGGUGCUCACGCGGGCAGAGAUCUGCUGGGACAAAUUCGACAUGAACUACCGGAAUCAGUGUAUGGCAGGCCGGUGGGAGCCGCGGUUCUACUUUGACCACGCCUCGCUUACGUGCCGCCAGUUUUGGUUUGAUGGAUGUCGCUCGGACAGCCGAAAUCUUUUCGAGGACAUGCUGACGUGCCAGUGGCUAUGCGAAGCGCAGCCAAUGUAUAAAUCCAGAUCGUGCCUCGAGGAUUUUGACGCCAGGCAUAAAGACUCGUGUAUGGGCGGACGGUGGCGACAGCAGUGGUACUUUGACCGGGCUAACAAGGAAUGCACGGCAUUUUGGUACGACGGCUGCAAGGGGGAUGGGACGAAUUUGUUCGAGGAUGAGCAGAGCUGCUUGAUGACGUGUGAGAGGCCGGCCAAGGAGGAUGCCUCGAAACCCUGGCACAAGGGCGAGAAGAAGAAGAUGAAGGAGGUCGUCGGGCCGGUUUUUAAACCCAACUCUUCGAACAUUUGCGAGACGGCGAAUCCUUGUGAAAAUGGCGCAAGCUGCCAUUUCUCGCCGAGAAGAAAUGAUUAUAAAUGUCGAUGUUUGAAGGGAUGGACUGGGAAGAAUUGCACACAAUCUGCUGAAUUCGAUCCCUGCUCCUCGAACCCAUGCCAAAAUGGGGCCACCUGCCAAGCCAAAAAAGAAAAAGGGCAGCCGACCACGUACGAGUGCUACUGUGCACGGGACUUCGGUGGCCCGAGCUGUGAUCAGCGCCCCUGCGAGCAGAAUCCAUGCCAAAACAACGGCACGUGCCGGACGACGCGCUCCCAUCAGCUGUAUUUCUGCGAUUGCCCGAACGGGUUCGGCGGUCGGGAUUGUGAUGUUGCAAUCGGCCAGGCGCCCCCGGAGAAAUUCGGGAAAAACGUGGAGCAAGUGUCGUCCGGGAGGGCCGAAUGGGUUAACGAGAUGAAGCUGCGCUUCGCCAACAAGAAAAAGAGUGACGCGGACGAUCCGGAAGGGGCGGCAGCCGCCGCGAAAGAAGCCGCCGCCGCCGACGAGCCGUAUAAAGAUGCCAAGCAAAAGAAGCGAGAGCGUGAGGAGAAGGAGGAAAAGGAGAAGCUCGAGGCGGCCGCCAUUCAAAAAGCCGAAGAGGGAAAGCGGAAGAAGGCCCAGCAAGAGGAGGAGGAAGCUCUGCAGCGAGCCAAGGAAGUUGCCGCGAAGACCGAGAAUUCCAGCCAGUUCUCCGGAUUUAGCUAUAUGCUAAUUUUCGUCUUCUUAUCAGCUAGGUUCCGAUUU